AUGGUCGACCCUCUUACAACUUUCGCCGCGGCCGGCAACGCCCUUCAGUUUGUCCAGCUGGGGAUUGACUUGAUCGGCAAGACCAUCGACUACUCGCAAGGCGGCGGCAACAACAGUUUCCAGGCACUGCGUGAUUGUGUGCAGCGUCUGUCGGUCUCAAGUGCCCAUCUCCAGAGGUCGAUGGAGUCCAACGCUUCCCAGCCGCUGAAUCCGGGACCUGCCCGUGCUUUGCAUCGUGCAAACCUCGAAUGCUUGAGAGUGUCUCAGCAAUUCACGGCAAUUUUGGAUAAACUGGGCCUCAAUAGACCUCAUAGCCUGUGGAGCAGUGUCAAACUGGCACUGAAAAGUCACGUUGACAAACCUAAAGUCGACGCCCUGUCGCGAGAUUUGGAUCAUGCCAGGGCAAAUCUGAUGCUCUCCCUCAUGGUUUACCUCCACGACCAGUCAACUGUCGACCGCCAGAAUACGAGCGAGGAAAUGCGUGUCAUUACAGAACAAGCCCUGAGGGCUACCGCGGAGUCCGCGGCUAUCAGAAAUGACAUUGCCAGUCUCAGUUCCAGUCUUUCCUCGCUGACAAUUGACGACACGACAAUAUCUCUUGCUUUUGAAGAUGCUCUGAGACGCUGCGAAAGUUAUCUUGCAAAUGAGGUCGAGGCGCUCUCUAAGCGUCUGGAACGGCUCAACGAUGGGCUCAAAGCUCUGUCGGAGGAGGUGAACCAGCUCCUUCCUACAAUGACACGAGAGAUUGCCGCUCGACGCUCCAUCAUGGACAGUCUAUGGUUUGCGAGAUUCAACAACAGACGCGAUCGAAUCAGUCGAGCCUACAGCAACACAUAUCAAUGGAUCUUCAGGCACAAGGAUAGUCAAGUGAUUGUGUGGGAUGAUUUCGUUCAGUGGUUAUACUCGAGCAGAAACCCUAUAUACUGGGUAUCGGGAAAGCCCGGUUCUGGCAAAUCGACACUUAUUCGAGAGCUUGACGAAUAUAUAAAGAACUCGCAGUCCCUAUCCACGUCAGGGAAUGAUGCUGACUUUAUCAUGGCUUCAUUCUACUUUUGGUAUGCUGGCAAUAAUGACGAAAGGUCAAUGACUGGCCUGCUCCGAACUCUCAUACACCAAUUGCUCUCACAACGUCUUGACAUUGUGGAUCAAGUGAUUUCAGCCAGUAGAUGGGAGUCGAGCCUAUAUGGACCCUCCCAUCUGCAUGUGUGGGAAGAGAAGGAAUUGAUUCAAGUUCUGUGCAGAGUUCUUCAAUGUCUGGGAACCAGCAAGCGGAUUUUGCUGUUUAUCGACGGCCUUGAUGAACAAGAAGGUCCGGAUGACCAACGACAGGAAGUUCUGGACCUGAUAUCCUCUGUCACACAAGACAACAACGUUAAGGCGUGUGUAGCCAGCCGGCCCUACAACAUCUUCCGGGACGAGUUCAAGGAAUGCCCGCAACUCCGGCUUGAAGACCUUACAAAAGAUGACAUACGCCUCUACGUCCGUGGCAAGCUGGGUGAAAAUCCACACUUUCAGCGUCACCUACGAAGGAUGCCGCAGCUUCUUCGCGAUAUAACCGAGGAGAUUACGACGAGGGCCGGAGGGGUAUUCCUAUGGGUGCGCUUGGUCGUGCGUGAUCUUCUGAGAGUCCUCAGGGACGGAGGCAGCACAAAGCACUUAUUCAGAGAACUUGAGAGUAUUCCCCUCGAUUUGGAUGAUUAUUUCAGACGCAUGUUCGAGCUUGUCGAAAAGCCAUACAGAAAAGAGGCAUCGAUCAUCCUGCAGACAGCAUUGUGCUCCAGCAGCGAGGGCAAUGCAAAGGUUGACGGUGCAUCUGACUUCGAUUUUCUCCUCAUGCAUCUGUAUUUUAUUGACCAAAGUGAAGAUCUGAGCUUUGGGGCAAACUCAUACUUGUGCGAUGUCGAUUUCACUCAUCAAGAAGAGGCCGAGGAUUUGCUCGAAUCGUUAGAGCGAAUGCUGACAAGCAGAAGUAUGGGCCUCCUGGAGAUCGGGCCGAGUACUCUUGCACCUUCGCGUUUGGGACGCUUGCAAGCUGAGUCGCCGAUCGAAUUUCUGCACAGGACAGUAAGAGACUACUUUGCUGGCCCUGCUGCAAGAGAUCUGCUUCACCAACACACCGGGGGACCUUUUGAUGCUCACAUGUUCCAAUGCAACCUCAUGGCCGUCAGUCUAAGAAAUUUCGUCCUUCAUAAUCAAUGGCUCCCAACGGAAUACCUUGCUGUGAAAAAAUUCCUCCUGCAAAUUACGAAACGACGAGAUGCAGAGGGGCCGGCAUUCGUGCUGUUUGAAAAGAUGGUGGAGCUAUUCAAUGAGCACCGUAGCGUAGUACGUCAGAAAUUGCUGAAGGAGUGUCCCGGGAUAGCUUUCGACAUUGCAUUAAACCAUUGGCUGCAGGAUCGUGGCAACUCUAUUUCUCUAAGCAUACAUCUCGGAUGGAAGUCGUAUGUCAAGGCAAGAUUAACAACGGCAACGAUUCGGGAGCAACAGGGUAGGCCGUUACUUCUCUGCGCUCUUCCACCAUAUAGCUGGGAAUGGAACCUCUCGGAUCCCGACAUCAUAUGCGAUCUUCUGACCCUCGGCGCCAAUCCAGAUACCAUGGUUCACGACGUGUUUGACAUCCCUAUAUGGGUGUACAUUCUUGAGUCGAUACAGUUCAUCAAGGACAUUGACUACGAGACAUGUUUGAGGAUCGCCAAGCUGCUCAUCGUGCACGGCAUACGGACGCUGGUGGCCGAGACGGAUUUGGCCCACGUCGCGAAGCAAAUGUUGGAGAGUCUCAACUUGUGGGACCCAUUCUUGCUGGACCCCUUUCCGGGACCACGACAAUUCGUCCACAGGCGUUUUGAGAAGAUCCGUGGGUCCAGUGCUGGAGAGAAUGGUGACGCCGAGCCAUUGUACUCGUUCCUAGAUGUCCUGCAGAGUCUAGUGCGGGUUACUGAAAACUCCAACCCCUCCUUCGAGUCCUUUUUUUACUGA